UCAUCGUCCGAGUCCAAAUCAGGAUCAACUUUUCCUCCCUCGAGCAGCCCAUUGAGGUAGAAGUCAGCCAGGGAGGCUUGAAUCUGAACGAGCGACCGCAGCAGGACUUCGAGCAUGGAGCCUAUCACGUCGUGGAGCGAGGAGAGAGUCGGCGCGUGGCUGCAAGGUCUGGAUGCCCCCCUGCAUCAGUACCCGGUCUCUGAGUGGCAUUUGUCGGGUCUGGAUCUGCUCCAGCUGACGUGUCAAGACCUGGAAAAGUUGGGAGUCCAUAAGAUCGGACACCAAGAGCUCAUACUGGAUGCUGUGGAGAAACUCUGCUCUCUGACGUAUGGUAUAGGUGGGGACAGCCUACGCGGCCUGACAGAGAAGUUGCGGGCCGUCUCCCAAACCCUCCAGAUGGGCAUCCAGGGCCGCUGGCGCCUCAACACCUAUGAUGGACGCAGCACCACCAAGCUGCCUGCUGCCAUCCUGCAGAUUGUAGUGGAGCUCAUCACCUCUGCCAAAGGACUCUUCUCUUUGCUCAACAGGUAUCAGUUGUCCCAGCUCAGUGGAUACACCGAUAGCAAGAACAUAUUCAACUACUGCAGAGAGCUUGGAGACAUCGUCCACAAGGAUACCACUGUCUACGAAAAGGAAAAGGACAUCAUAUCUGUAUGCCGUCUGUUGGUUUCAGUGUGUGAUGAGAUCCUGAGUUCCAGUCCUGAGGGGCUUCUUACCCACACUGCUCAGCUCGAGAGUGUGGACCUGGUGCCUGUGUCACCUGGUAAUCACCUGGGAAUUGAAAUAACAUCCACUGGCUCCAGUAACCACUACGUGACUGGAACUGCUGUUGAGGCUUCAUCAGAUGCCUAUUUGAAGAUCUUGGCUGGUGAUGAAGUGAUUCAAGUCAACGACCAGAUAGUGGUGGGCUGGAGCAAAGCCAACCUUGUGAAGAAGCUUCGGGAGAAUCCCAACGGAGUGACUCUGGUCCUGAAGAAGAUUCCUGGGUUAGUGGGACGCAGAAACCCAGUCCAGCUCUCCUCCACACAGAAGGAGGAAGAAGAGAGGUCGGAGGGAGAAGAGGACGAGGAAAAUCCGAGGCACUCCAUAUUUGAGAGGGUAGCAGCGUCUGUCAGAUCCCUGUCUUUUAGGAGAGCCAUUCAAGGCCCGGUUGUUCAACAGCAGCCUAUGGGACAGGAGGAAUCAGAGUUGUCCUCUGACAGGGAGGGCGAGGAGAGACUGACUCUCACUUCAUAUCACAGCCAACAGGGGGGGCUAUCAUCAACAUCAGCCUUAGGGGAGUUUGAGAGUUUGGAAAGUUCAAGGCUCUCCCCAAGACUCAGACAAGACCCGUCUCCGUCCCCCAGAAGUCCUUCUCCCUUUAGCUUUGGGUCAUUGAGAAGUCCUUCACCUCAGGGAGUCGACCAGGAAACUGCCAGCAUCAGUUCCUGCCCUGACAUGGUGGGACAAACGGGCAAUAAGGACACGAAGAAGAGCUCUACAAAAGGAAUGUCGACGGCUAUGAGUCGGCGCCGCGUGUCCUGCCGCGAGCUGAGCCAACCCGACUGCGACAGCUGGCUGUGGAAGAAGAGAAAGGAGAGCAACGUCUUCCUCGCCCAGAAGUGGCAGCGCUUCUGGUUCGUCCUCAAGGGGCCCUGCCUCUAUUGGUACACCAGCCAACAGGAUGAGAAGGCAGAGGGUUUUGUCAAUAUGGCCAGCUACAACAUAGAAAGUGCUGGAGAGCACAAGAGAAAAUACGUGUUCAAAAUGUGCCACCAGCGAUUUCACAACUUCUUCUUUGCAGCUGACAAUGUCAACGACAUGAGCAAGUGGAUUAACUGUCUGAUCACAGCCAUACAGAGACACAAUAAGUUUAACACUGCCCCAGAUAGUGAAGAAGAAUGUUACAGUGAGACUGAAUCAGAAAGCGAGACAUCACCUUCAACCCGCAGAAGAAACAAGAAAGUGCAGUCCCACACUCUGCCUCGCCUCAAGGUAAAGACGAACGUGCCAUUAUCCAGUCUUGUGACAGGGGGCAGCAAAGGAACAGAAGGAGGACCAGUGGAUGAGAUGGGCAUGAUGCUAAACAACAUAAAGGAAGGAGGAGUCUCUCUGAUUGGCAACGAGCAGCCGUUUACACACGACCACUUCAGGAAAUCGUUCAUUCGACGCAACAAGAACCCCAUCAUCAAUGAAAAGGCACACACGCUCCGAGCCCUGCAAAGCACUCUGAAGGCCAAAGAGGUGGAGCUGCUGCAGAUCAACAAGCUCUUAGAGGACUCUGAUCUGUCAGCUUCAAAGUAUCGCCAGUGGAAGGAGCAGAACGAGGAACUAGUCCAGGAAAUCGAGACACUGUCCGCACUCGAGGCCUCCAAAGGAGCGGACAGCGCGGCCCUGCAGGACACGCCCACGGAGGAGGUUGCCUUGGAAACUGUCGCAAAGGAAACUGUCGCAGAGGAAACCGCCAGCGCACAAUCAGAAGGCGCAUACAGACUGAGCCUGAGCGACGGGGAGCAGUUGGUGGACGCAGAGCCGUCUGAUGUUCUCCUCGAGAUCCCACAGGGUUCUCCGAGCACCAGUCCGCUGUUAGAACUUUCUCUUGGAUCGCUGCAGGAUUCAAUAAACGAACAGCUGAGUGAAAUGCUGGAGAGCGGAGAACCCGCUGAGAACUACUUCUACAUUUAACGGCGGAACACUCACAUCACUGUCAAAUGGAAGACGUUCUUCAUGCAACCAGGUGACAGAGGUGCAGAUUGAGACCUAGAUAUGUUCACAACAACCAAAUACGACUAGUUUACAACAGAGAAAAGAACAAUAUGCCAAGUGUAAAUCUGCGUGCAGUAUGGUAUUCUAAGGCCGUCUGGUUCUUCUAAUGAUAGAAAGUAGAACUUCCCAAAUAAUUCAAUGACAAUUUGCAAUAUAUGUCAUGCCUCAGUUUUAUUAUAAAUACUGUAUGUAUUUGUUUGUUGACGUUGCCUUAAUAAAAGGUAUACAUUUGAAAUAUUUUGCACAGAAAAAUUUGCUUCAGAAAUACAGGCGUAGCCCCUUGUUGGUCAAGGUGGUUUUUAAGCGUUCUUUCCCUUGUGGAGGACACUUUAUACUAUAUGAACAUAUGAACCAUAUAGUAAAGCUGUAUGACAGUUGUGUGUGUUCCUUAUUGCCCAAUAGACCAGUGAAGACUCCUCAAUGGCAGAGAUGUCUAUUCACUGUGAUAUUGAUCAGCUUAAUAAAAAGGCAGCGUGAUGAUCACUGA